AUGAUUUGGAUCGCAGCCAUAUCGGCAAUCUUGCCUCUGGUCUCGGCACAAGCGGCACUCUACGGUCAAUGCGGUGGUCAGGGAUUCUCGGGUGCAACCACCUGUGUCUCAGGCGCAUGCUGUACUUUCUCCAACCAGUGGUACUCUCAGUGCCUCCCGUGCAGCAGCGGCGGCAGCGGUGGUGGUAACGGUGGUAGCCACACUACCUUGACCACCACUGCCAAGACGACUACCACUCAAGCUCCCAGCUCAGGUUCGACCGGCUCCUGCAGCUUGCCCUCCACCUACAAGUGGACAUCCAGUGGGCCUCUGGCUCAGCCUAAAUCUGGCCUCCUUGCCCUGAAGGAUUUCACGGUGGUCCCCUAUAAGGGCCAGCACCUGGUUUACGCCUCCGACGUCAGCUCCGGAGGCAACUAUGGCUCGAUGAACUUCGGCCUGUUCUCGGACUGGAGCCAGAUGGGCUCCGCGAGCCAGAAUCUCAUGAACACGGGUGCCGUUGCUCCCCAAUUGUUUUACUUUGCGCCCAAGAACGUCUGGGUGUUGGCGUAUGAAUGGGGCGCGUGUGCCUUCAACUACAUGACCUCCAGCGAUCCGACUAAUGCCAAUGGUUGGUCGUCACCUAAGUGUCUCUUCAGUGGCUCGCUCGGAGGCGGUGAUAACCCGAUCGAUCAGUCCUUGAUUGCCGAUGAUACUACUAUGUACAUGUUCUUCGCUGGAGACAACGGCAAGAUCUAUCGGUCGUCGAUGCCUAUCGGCAACUUCCCCGCGAGCUUCGGCACCGCGUACGAGACCAUUCUGACCGACUCUAAAUACAACCUCUUCGAGGCGGUGCAAGUGUACCGUGUCCAGGGCCAGAACCAAUACCUGAUGAUCGUGGAAUGCAUCGGUGCAAAUGGCCGCUACUUCCGCUCCUUCACGGCCUCUAGCCUUGGAGGCUCCUGGACCCCACAGGCCACGAGCGAGUCUGCUCCCUUCGCAGGCAAGGCCAACAGUGGCUCUACCUGGUCGAAUGACAUCAGCAGUGGUGAUCUCGUUCGAAGCAGCGCUGACCAGACGAUGCCCAUUGACCCUUGCAACUUGCAAUUCCUCUACCAAGGCCGAGACCCCAACAGCAAUGCUGCUUACAACGACCUGCCCUACCGCCCUGGCUUGUUGACCCUCGUGCGCUAA